AUGACAACAACUGCCACUGGGACAACGGCAACAAAACAAUUACCACUGGCCUACUUGUUGAACUGCAACAAUUGCUUCUGUGUUAACUGCAAUAAUUGCCACUGGGCUAACUGCAGCAAGUGCCACGCUUCUCCGGCAUAUCUCUGCAGGUCCCUCCGAUCCUGCCGGAAGAUCGGCGAGGGUCUUUACGGCGAGGUGUUCCGCCUCCAACGUGGCUCCGAGACCUCAGUGGUCAAAAUCGUUCCAGUCGGAGGGUCCGUUCUCGUCAACACGGAGCAGCAGAAGUCCGUUGAACAGAUUCUCCCAGAGGUCAUCAUCUCCCUAGACCUGAGUUCCCUGCGCAACCAGGCAUCAAGUGCAAGUUGUCGCAGCUUUAUAGAGUUCAAGAGAGUGCACUGUGUUCAGGACACAUACCAUCGUGUGCUUCUGAAGCAGUGGGACCUCUUUGACUCGAAGAAGGGAAGUGAAAACGACCGACCAGACUUCUAUGAGGCAAGCCAGAUGUUUGUGGUCUUUGAGUUCGCAGACGGCGGGGAAAGCCUCGAAUGUUUCAAGAUCAGGACUGCAGGGGAAGCAGAGAGCAUCUUCCUGCAAGUUGCAUGCGCACUCGCGGUGGCCGAGGUGGCACUGGAGUACGAACACCGGGACCUCCACUGGGGGAACCUUCUCGUGACUAGGACGCCGGAAAAGCGCGCCUCCUACCGCCUGCCCGAGGGAACGUUCGACCUGGACACGUGUGGCGUCAGCGUGUCCCUCAUCGACUACAGCUUGUCCCGGCUACGUAACGGUGGGACAGUCAUAUUCACGGACCUUUCUGAAGACGCAUCGUUGUUCGAGGGCACGGGUGAUCACCAGUUCGAGGUCUACCGACUAAUGAAGCAGCACAAUGGGAACGAUUGGAAGAGCUUUUCACCGUACACGAAUGUCUUGUGGCUCCACUACCUGCUGCAAAAGUUGCUCCAAGAGAAGCACUACCGCAAGACUGGCAUUCGGCACAACGCGGCAGUUGGCAGGUUGUGCAACUGGGCCAACCUGGUUCUUCUGUGCAACUCGGCAUCAGAGUUUGUGCGCAACUGCAGUGUCACCGAGCGCAACCCAUCACCGGCUCUUUGUGUGCGUCGCAGGAACAUCAGAGUGUGAUGCUUCUACAUGAUAGUGGUGUGUCUAUUGCAUUGCGUGUGUUCCUGUAUUGCAACUCGGUAUUUUGCAACAACCAUCCGUCACUAUCGCAAUAUGGGUUGCUUUACGACUGCUCCCGCCUAUUCAUUGUCACCACAUAAUUUUAGCAGUGAUCCACUGUAGUGUUCGCCUAAAUAGAUUCACUUCAUCAGCUGAAUGUGUUGUGGGUCACAGAAUCAUUCCACACAUCUGCUUUAGUUUACGCUCCCCUCAUUUGUACAGUUCAUCCAUUUAAUUCGUUUUUACUGCUGUACCCCAAAGUAAUGUGUGUAGAUCAUAGUGAUGGGCCAAACUUUUGCCAAAUCUAAAAUUCGGUGCCAAAUGUUUUUAGAGAUUCAACAGAAAUACAUUGUUGUCAGACCUAAAAGUUGAUAGUUUGUUUUCCCAAACGAAGAAGUUUUUAGGUUUUUUUUUAACGCAUAUUGACACAGUUGUUAUUAAAUAAGGUGUUAUUCUACAAGAUAACUGUAUUGGUGUCAUUUUUGUGCAUUUACUGGCAAUUUUACAGCGACUUUUCGCAGAAGUGGUGCAACGAGGUUGGGUGGUAGCGAAGUAGGGGGCAGAGUUUCGGUUUCGAGGCCUCAUCAGCACAAGCCUGCAA